AUGGAAGAAAUCAAACGACCAAUUGAAUAUUUUAGAAAUGCUUUAUUUAAAUACUUUGAUAAAUAUCUUCGAGAAAUUACAUUAAACAAAGGAAUGGUUAAAAUGUCUCUGCCUUUAGCAAUGUUUUUGAGUGGUAUUUCUUUUGAUGUUUAUGCUGAAAAUGAAACUAUUAAAGCUGAACGAGAUGAAGUAUUCAAAUAUUUAAAUAAAGUUCAAAUAAAAUCUCUCUACAACAAACAUCAUAGAAAUAGUGUUAAUCCACUUUCAUUCAUUCUUACAUCAAAUGUCAAUGAAUUGAUCCUUUCAGACAUUCCUUCAACAUUUAUUUUAACUGAUCAAAUUAGUCAUCAUCUUGUUAAUCUUAAAGUAGAAAAUUGUCCUUUUAAUUUAGGUUCAAUUAAUACUGAGUGGCCUAUCUUGACUCAAUUAGUCAUUCAAAAAGCAUCUAUUCGUCAAAUCUCCCCAUUCGUUUUUACAAAAACAAAUUUUCCUGUUCUUAAGAAAUUAGAUCUUCAACACAACUGCAUCAAAGUAUUAGAAAAUAUUGAUGAACGUCCUUUUGAUGAAUUAAUUCUUGCUAAUAACCAUAUUCAACGUAUUUCUGUUCCAUUACCAGGAUCAAUUAGUUUACUUGAUCUUUCAUUCAACCAACUGACAGAAAUUAAAGAAAUUUCUACAUUUUUUAAUCUUCGAGAAUUAAAUCUCAGCAAUAAUGAAAUUUACUUUAAUGAUGAGAUGAGAGGAAUCUUCAAUAAAAUGUAUUCCUUAACAAAUCUUCAUUUUGAAAAUAAUCAAACAGUAAAUUAUAGACAAUUACUUAUUGAAGAGUUACCUUCUGUAGAACUUGGACUUAAUGUGUAUAUUGAUGGUUUAUCAGUACAACCAGAAGAAAGAUAUCAAGCAGUUGAUAAAAUCUCUAGAUUGGGAAGAUCACAUUUUGAAAUAGAAAAAAAUGAAGAAGAAUUUACUGAAAAAAUAAUGGCUAUUGCUAAGAGUCAAAAGGAAGUCUUAGUCAUAGAAAAGAAAGACGACGUUGCCCUUGUUACUUCAGAAGCGAAAAGAGAAAUGAGACUUUCUGGAAAUGCUUUAAUUUCUAUUGGAAAUGGAAAUAUUGAAUGUCGUGUUAAAUUUGGUGAAGAGGAUGCAGAUUUUAUGAUACAAGAAAUUUAUAAGUUAAUGGAAAAACUUCAAAACAAACACCUUCGACAAGAAGUUAAAUCAGAAUCAACUACAGAAGAACUCAUUGAACAAAAACACAUUAAAACCAUUGUUGCAGAAAAACAAAUAGAAAAAGAACCAAAUCAAACAGUUCCACAAAUACUAACCCAAUCAAAUACUAAAGAUGAAUUUAUUGAAGUCAGACCAGUUUUUAAAGGAAUAGAUAUUACUUCAAGUGAUAUUUCUGAUAAGGUGUCUUCUUCAAUGCAUUUUAAAAGUGUUUCUGAUGCUCAACCAAAGAAACAAAAAUUACCAAUUAUAAAUACUCAAUCAAAUAUUAUUGAUAAUCAAGAACAAAUUACUGGAGAAAGUACAAGUUCAAAUAGUGUUAAUGCUUCUUAUAUUUUUGAUGAGCCAUUUGAAUAA